ACCGUUGGUGAUUGCAGGAUGAAAACCGUUGUCUUAUUAAUAAUACAGCUUUGUGUCCUCCUUGAGCCCUCUCAUGCCCUUCUAUAAGCAGCCUUGGACCUUUUCCAAGGUUUUUGUUUUAGCCAUGGCUAAACCUCCGUCCUUUGGCUGCUGCUUCUUCCUCUUAUUCUUCUUCUUCUUAUCUUCUUCCUUUGUCUCAUUUGCCCUGACCGAUACAGAAGCUGCCUUCAUUGUGCAGCGACAGCUCUUGACGUUACCAGAGAACGACGAACUUCCUAAUGAUAUCGAGUAUGAGGUUGAUCUCAAGGCUACAUUUGCCAACACAAGGCUUAAGAGAGCUUAUAUAGCUCUUCAGGCUUGGAAAAAGGCUAUAUUUUCAGACCCGUUCAACACCACGGCAAACUGGCAUGGCCCCCACGUGUGCAGCUACACCGGUGUGGUUUGUGCGCCAGCUCUUGAUGACUCUGAUGUCACGGUUGUAGCUGGUGUUGACCUCAACGGUGCCGAUAUCGCUGGGCAUUUGCCUGCUGAGAUUGGUUUGAUGACGGAUGUUGCCAUGUUCCAUUUGAAUUCGAACCGGUUUUGCGGGAUUAUACCUAAGAGUUUUGAGAAGCUGAAGCUAAUGCACGAAUUUGAUGUCAGUAACAACCGUUUCGUUGGACCUUUCCCUAAGGUCGUCCUCUCUUGGCCUGAUGUCAAAUACUUCGACCUUAGGUUCAACGAUUUUGAAGGUCAAGUCCCUCCGGAGCUUUUCAAAAAACAACUUGACGCCAUUUUCUUGAACAACAAUAGAUUCACCUCGGUGAUACCUGAAUCUCUUGGGGAGUCUCCAGCCUCGGUUGUGACUUUUGCUAACAAUAAAUUCACCGGAUGUAUCCCUAAGAGUAUUGGAAAUAUGAAGAAUCUCAACGAGAUUGUUUUUAUGGACAAUGGUUUGGGAGGUUGUUUCCCGUCCGAAAUCGGAAAGUUAUCGAAUGUAACAGUUUUCGAUGCAAGCAAGAACUCGUUCAUAGGUCGUCUACCGACUAGCUUUGCCGGGUUAACGGGUGUGGAGGAAUUUGAUAUCUCCGGAAACAAACUCACAGGACUUGUACCGGACAACAUUUGCAAGUUGCCUAAUUUGGUGAACUUCACUUACUCCUACAAUUACUUCAACGGACAAGAUGGUUCGUGUGUUCCAGGUGGUGGACGCAAGGAAAUUGCAUUGGAUGACACACGCAAUUGCUUGCCUGCUCGACCUGACCAACGAUCUGCCCAAGAAUGUGCGGUCGUGAUCAACCGCCCAGUUGAUUGCAGCAAGGACAAGUGCGCUGGUGGCGGUAGUGGUGGCUCUUCAACUCCAUCCAAACCAUCGCCGGUUCCAACGAGGCCGGUUGACAAACCAUCGCCAGUUCCAACUAGGCCGGUUGACAAACCAUUGCCAGUACCAACUACGCCGAUUCACAAACCAUCGCCAGUUCCAACCAAACCGGUUCACAAACCCUCGCCAGUACCAACCCCGGCAGUUCCUGAUCGACCGGUACAAUCACCAAAAGAGUCACCCCAACCGGAUGAUCCUUAUGAUCAAUCUCCAGUGACAAAAAGGCGCAGCCCUCCUCCACCGGUGGUUCAUUCUCCUCCUCCGGCUCCGGUGAACUCUCCGCCGCCACCAGUUCACUCUCCACCGCCACCAGUUCACUCCCCACCGCCACCAGUUCACUCCCCACCGCCACCGGUUCACUCUCCACCGCCGCCAGUCCACUCUCCUCCACCACCGGUGCAUUCGCCACCGCCGCCGCCUGUACAUUCUCCUCCACCUCCAAUCUACUCUCCCCCACCCCCACCCCCGGUAUAUUCCCCGCCACCACCGGUUUAUUCGCCACCGCCCCCUCCGGUUAACUCACCACCGCCACCGGCCCCUGUUCACUCCCCGCCGCCACCAGUCCACUCACCACCGCCACCUGCACCUGUCAAUUCACCGCCGUCAGAAUCUCCGCCAGUAGUAUACUCUCCUCCGCCAAGAACGCCGAAGAUCAACCCCCCAGCAGUUCAGUCACCACCACCAGCACCGGUGGAAAAGAAAGAGACGCCGAAGGCUGAAGCACCAGCUCCAAGUGAUGACGAGGAAUUCAUCAUACCGCCGUUCAUCGGGCACCAAUACGCAUCGCCACCGCCGCCAAUGUUCUCAGGCUACUAAUAUUAUGAGUAGCAGCUCUGUAUCGUCUUGGACUAAUUGUAAAACUAUAAAAAAGAAAAUUUGAGGAAGAAGAAGAGAAGAAACAAAAUACAAAAAAAUCAAAGAAGGGUAAUGACUAAUAAUAAUGAAUGGUUUUAGAAUUGUUGGGCCUAAAAACGGAUAUCAAUCUACUUUAAAAGGCCUUAUAAGUUAUUGGGCUUCUAUAAACUUAUGUUUCAGAUGCUAAUCAAUAGUACAAAAGCAAGAAAAACGAACCUUUGUCAUUUAUUGCAAAUCUGUAAAGAGCCAUGGAAU